CAUGCUCAGUGCGGGAAGGGCGGUGUUGUUUUUGUUCUUUGUUGAAGCGGGUCGGCCGUGGGAUCGGGAUCGGGAGCGGGUCCUCACCCUCGCCCCCUGGGGCGGGGAGCCAGGGACGGAUUAUUCUCUGCGGGGCGACGACAACAGUUUCCUUUCGAACCCGUAACACAGCCUCACUGGGACGGGGUGGUAACAGAACCUGGAGCCGUUGUACACGAUCAUCGCCCGUUAGUUGGUGCUUUCCUCCACCUGGACGGCAGACAGGCAGACGACAAUCAACCAACGUCAGUCAGAGUCAGAAUGGACACAGAUCUGAACUCUGCAAUCUCCGCCUUUCUGUCAAAAUGUGACGAUCACCAACUGUUCCAGUUGACGAGAUUCUACAUGGAGCGACUGGAGCAGGCGAUUGAAGAGGGCGUGGAGGGAGUCAGCUUCAUGUUAAUGGGCGAGGAUCACUUCACUGGGCCAGAGUAUCAUCGUGUGACUGAGCUCGCGGAGAAGGGAAAUCGAGCGGGCGCUUCCAAACUCCUCCUGGAUCUGGUGAUGGAGAAGGGCUCCGGGGCCCGGAGGGUGUUGUGGGGAUCCUUUGUGAAACUACAUCACCAUCUACCGAAGCUGAGCAGAAUAUUGAAUGAAAUACGGGAACGAGGUCACGGCCAGUUUGCCUACAUGGACAUGGAGUGGAGUUUAUCUGAACUGCCCGCGCAUCUGCAAGACAUUCAGAGGAAACACAAGGAGACUCUGCGGGCACAAACUGAAACACUGAGAGUGUACACGAUUCUGAUGAGGGAGAAGGUGAAGGUUUUCCCUUUGGUUGAUCGAUACGCUGAGCUCACGGUCAUUUCUACUGUUCGAGAUGAGACAAUGGUGGAAACUGAGCUGCUGGCAAGAGGCAGACACCAUGAGGAGUGGAGAGAGAAACUUCUCCGCAGAGAGCUGGAGAAAAUCCACAUUAAUCAUCUGUUUCUGAAAAGUUACUCACAAGGUUUUCGGGCCCCAUCGAAGGGUUUCUUCGCCCGACCAAGUUCAAGAUGUUCGGUAGCAGUAGCCGGAGGCCCAGGGAUCGGGAAAACAACAAUGGUACAAAAGAUUGUUUAUGACUGGGCCACAGGGAAAAUAUAUCAGCAAUUCCAGUUUGUCUUCAGUUUCAAAUUCCGGGAUUUAAACUCCAUUCACGGCAGAAAAAGCCUGAUGGAACUGAUUCUGUAUCAGUAUCCUUACUUUGGGAAUUUCCUGAGAGAAGUCUGGAAGAACCCAAAGGGAUUGCUGUUUAUAUUCGAUGGUUUGGAUGAAUUCAAUGACAAAAUUGAUUUUGCUGACAGUCGGAGAGAUACAGAACCCAGGCACCGGUGUCCAGAUCCCGAGUGGUGGUGUGAAGUGUCUGACAUUGUGUACAGUUUAAUCCAGGGCAAGCUGCUCCCAGGGUGUUCAGUGCUGGUGACCACCCGCCCCACUUCACUACAGUCUUUGGAAAAGGCAGAGAUCAGUGUCUGGGCUGAAAUUCUGGGGUUUGUUGGUGAGGUACGGAAGGAAUACUUCAUGAAGUAUUUUGAAGAUCAGACCGUUGCAGCAGCUGUUUUCAAACAUGUGAAAGAGAACGAGAUACUGUACACCAUGAGCUACAACCCCUCCUACUGCUGGAUCCUCGCUCUGGCACUGGGACCCUUCUUCACACAAAGAGUCAGGGACCCGCAGCGAGUUCCCAAGACCAUCACCCAACUGUACUCCUACUAUAUUUACAACGUCCUGAAAAACCACGGCCGUGAGAUUGAGAACCCCCGUGAUGUGAUACUCAGGGUUGGUCAGAUGGCCUUCAGAGGAGUGUGCGAGAAGAAGACUAUCUUUACAGACGGAGAUUUGAUCAAGUUCAAUCUGCAGCCUUCCCAGUUCCUGUUCGGGUUCCUGAUGGAGCUUUUGGAGAGAGAGGAUUCUGCCCAGAGCGUGGUGUACAGAUUCCCACACCUCACCAUCCAAGAGUUUGUAGCGGCAGUCGCACAAUUCCUGAAUCCACAUCCCAGGGACAUCCUGAAAUUCCUCACAGAAGCCCACAACACGACAGAUGAGCGAUUUGAGCUAUUUCUCCGUUUUGUUGCUGGUCUCUCCAACCCAAUGACAGCUCGGGGCCUGGAGGAGUUUCUGGGUCCAUUUCCUCAUGAAACAACCUGCCGAGUGAUUGACUGGAUGAAGGAGGAGUUUAAACGCCAGGUUAGAUACACAUGGAAUGAAGCUGGUAAAAGGCGCCUCCUGGACACAUUGCACUACCUAUUCGAGUCUCAAAACAGCGGGCUGGCUCAGGCCACACUAGGAUCUUUGGAUUCACUCUCAUUUCGUGGAAUGACUCUGACCCCGAUAGACUGCGCAGUCCUGGGUCAUAUCAUCACCUUCUGUGACACAAUAAAACACCUCGACCUGUGGGACUGCCACAUUCAGUGUGAAGGAAUCCAACGUCUGGGACCCGGGCUACACAAGUGUCAGGUGUUGAGACUUGGGGCGAAUAAACUGGGAGAUUCAGGAGUGAAACUGGUGUCUGCAGCUCUGAGGAACCCGGAGUGUAAAAUACAGAAACUUGGGCUGUGGCAUGUCGGUCUCACAGAUUCUGGUGCCGAAGAUCUCGUCUCCUCCCUCCGUACAAACCCAACACUGAUGGAGCUGGAUUUGAGUUUUAAUGAACUGGGAGAUUCCGGAGUGAAACUGGUGUCUGCGGCUCUGAGGAACCCGGAGUGUAAAAUACAGACACUGUGGCUGAGGAAGGUCCAUCUCACAAAUUCUGGUGCCAAGGAUCUUGUUUCCUCCCUCCGUGCAAACCCAUCAGUGACUGAGCUGGACUUGAGUGGUAAUGAACUGGGAGAUCCAGGAGUGAAACUGGUCUCUGCGGCUCUGAGGAACCUGGAGUGUAAAAUUCAGAAACUGGAGAUGUACAAUGUCGGUCUCACAGAUUCUGGUGCCGAGGAUCUUGUCUCCGCUCUCAGUACAAACCCAUCACUGACGAAACUAGACCUGGGAUCAAACUCGCUGACAGACCGUUCUGUCCCCGCUCUCCGCCGCCUCAUACUGACCUUCCCGAGUCUGGUGCAGAUCUGGCUGCGGUACAGUCAGUUCAGUUGGAUUGGGAAGAACGAACUGAGAUCUCUGCAGGUGCCCAGAGCCAGAGUAAACCAGGCUGUCGCCAUUACUCCUCAGGUGAUUCUGCCCCUUCCUGUCCCUUGCCUCUGUCUAUUAAGCCAGGCCGUCGCCUUUACCCCUCGAGUGGUUCUGCCCCUUCUUGUCCCUUGCCCCAGUUGGGUAAGCCAGGCCGUCGCCUUUACCCCUCGGGUGCUUCUGCCCCUUGUAGUCCCUUGCCCCCGUUGGGUCUUCGUGUUUCCGCCUCAGAGGCGGCCCUGCUCGGGAUCCAUGCUGCCCGCCGAGGAUUCAUACUCUUUCCUCCCCUCGUUUCCCAUGGGUUGUUCCCCGCACCUGCGCAGGUGUCCGCGCCUUGCCCAGGCCUCCGUCAUUUCACCUGGGAGGCGGCCCUGCCUGGGACCCCUGCAGCUCGCCCUGAGAACUCUCCGACCUUUCUCUUUCUUACAUAUUAACGUUAAAAAGAAACAGGAGCAGGAGUCGGUCACGUGGACGGUUGAGCCUGCUCGGCCAUACAAGAAGAUCCCUGCAGAUCUGGCCGUAGAAACGGCGCCACCGACCUUGCCGUGGCCU